AUGGCCACACAAGAUUUCAGCUUCCCCACUCACAAAUUCCCUUGCACCAUCGAUUCACCCCCUUUGUGGCGCUUAUCUCCUGCAGCCAGCUCCAAAGUAGAUGAUCAAAAUCAUAGUGAAGAAGAAGAAGAAGAAGAAGACGACGAAGAAGAGAUCGUCAACAUCAAUGUAAAGUAUUGUGAUCAGAGAAGAAAGAGCUUUUCGUAUAUUGAACGCGGCACGAAAAUGGUGGAGAAAGAUCAAGAGAGUAGGGAUCAUGAUCAUGGGGAGGAGAAGAUGGACAUGCUUUGGGAGGAUUUCAACGAAGAAUUGAAGUCAAGAAGUAAUACGACGUCGGAUUAUUCUGGUGGGUUGUCAAGAGAGAUGCUUCACUUGGGUUGUGUUAAAGCUUUCAAGUUGACCAAAACAAAUGGUGAUCAUGCGCUUUCGACCAGGAAGCCCAGCGUGGUGGCGGUUAUGAAGGUCCUGAAAAGGCUGUUCUUCCUCCAUAACUCUCAUCACAAACUCAAGAAACCUGCUUGGUGA